AUGAGCUUGAACACACGAUUAAACAGUACCACUCGCGCUACUUUCAUCGGUGGCACUCUUAGCACCUUUCUCUAUGGCGUCACUUGCGCUCAAGUGAUGUAUUAUAUGAGACGGUAUCCGAUGGAUCAUACAAGACUAUGGUUUCUUGUGGCCUCGCUAUGGCUGUUGGACACAGCUAGGACUACCAUAUGGGUCUUAGUCUUCUCACCUAUGGAAGGUAGCUCAUUACAUCUUUAUGCCGACUCAGACACUAAUGGAAAACUGUCAGGGACUUCCUGGUACUUCAUUCAUUGCAUAUGGAGAGUUGUUGAACACCGAAAGUACCAAUUACUUCUGACUAUGACUAUGCCACUGUUCACAAUCUCUACCUAUGCGUGUACACACAUUGACGGCUGCAGUGGCGGACGUCUACAUCGCAAUCUCAUUUUCCUUCAUUUUACAUGGGAAAAGGACCGGGUUCCACGGGUCCUCCUGUUUGCUACGUUCCUUGGCACUUUACAUGCAAAACCGUUAAAUUUGAUCUGGCUUGUGUUUUACUUCUUGGGCAGCAAGUUAUAUGUCAAUUCUCUUCUUGCUUUCAUUUUCCAUAAUACUGAAUGUAUGAUUUAUGAUUACGGCUGCCAAAAAUCGAUAAGGGGCCAUGGUAUCUCCAACUCCGAAGCAGGUAGUACGGUAGAGGCCUAUGGCCAAGAUAUCCAGCAUAAUCUGGACGGCUGAACAACCGGCGUUGUCGAUCGUGAGCAGUAAAAGUCUACGGCUGUCUCAGGUAACCCGGAUGUACAUGAUACAACAUACAAUAACAAUGCGCGCAAGUUCUCAUCUUACCUUACGUCGAGAGAUCGACGGAUCAUCGAGCGGCAGCCUUUCGACGUGAAAAGAUGUGCCCCAUGAGGAUAAUGACAUUCAGUUCUUCAUGCCCCAGACCGAACCCACCUUCCCCAUUGCCGACGUUCCCGUAAUCUGAAUCAUUAGACCCACCCACUCUCGCAUCAUCG